UGGGACCUACAUGUAAUAAAAGAUAAAAAAGGAGUAAAUAUGGAUCUGAUUCACACAACAGCUGAUUAUCAAAUUAUGUCUGGACCCAUUAAAAUCACAAAAUGCAAUGCUAGUGUCUGUUCAAGAAUAAACCUAAAGACCGGCAUUUGGAUUAAAGGAUCACCUUCACUGGAAGUGAGAUCAGUUUGUUGGUUAAGGCUGAGCAUAUAAUUUAUUUAAAUUACUGGUCUAAACUGCUGUAACACUGCUUAUUUAGUUAACCAUUUUAAAAGGUGUGUAGAAUGAGCCACAUGCUGGACUAUAGGGAAAUACUGUAUCAGAUAUUCAACAUGUAGUGCACACCAUGACCUUAUGAAAUGUAAGUUUUAUGAAAAAUGCAUAAGCGUAAAUUACUUCUUGAUUUCAGGGCAAUGUAUUCUUUUUCCCCAUUCUUUGUUCAGUACAGACACUGCACUAGUUUGCUCACACAAAAUCCAGUAUUUUUCCAUCAACUGACGUUUAAGUUGCGUUGCGUCACGUGACUUGCAAAGGGAGAUGAGAGAGGGAACAUGGGAGCGUUUGAUGUCCCUGUGAAGCGCCACACUGCCGGUUUAUUAUGUUUUCGAGUGAUUCGAUGUGUUUAUCAUAUAUCACUGCCAUAUUGGAGUUAACUUCGCGAUAGUUAAGUUUACGGAGACCAUCACAAGCCAACUGUAUCAGGCUCUGAUCCAUGCCAUGCGUAUCAUACCCUGACUCUGAACAACCACUCCCCUUCGUGGCUCGUGGAAAAUUACCAGCUUACAAUCAGCACAAGUAUCGUACAGGCUCCAACAUCCGCCUCACGGACCCGAUGCCCUCAAUCUCCUUCAGUCCACCGUCAAAUUAAUUUUCCGAACAUGUACACAAUUACCAAGCGAUCGCUGUUGUUGAAUAUCAAAAAACUGUAUAUUUAAAGCACACGGAAAUUUUAAAAAGUGGGUGUUUUUCGGAAGAGUCGCGCAAAAUACAUAAUUCGGAACUUGCAUUUCCCUAAAAAAGCAACAAACAAAUAAUACGCGAUCAUAAUAUUAUCUCAAAUUACAAGUCCGUUCUGCACGCAGUUUGCCUUCUUUUUCUCUAAACGGGCGGAGCAGUCGCGUGGGCACUCGAAAGAGUUGAGAUUGAUUGACGUGCGCGCCAUCCAAUGGAUCGCGAGCAGGGACGCGCUUAGCAACGCUGCGCCCAAUGGCACACCUCCAUGGGCGUGACGUUAAUCCAAACUUUUCGCGGCGCCAUCGGCUGAAAACUAAACCGAGAUGGAAUCUCCCAGUCUGAACCGGUUUCAACCGGUUACGAGUUUGUUGCUUGUGAGAAGAAGAGACACAGGCUCAGUCUCUAAUACCGCCCUGGUGCAAAAUAUACUUCAGUACAGAGCACACUUCUUAAUUAAGGUUAACUUUGUUUCGUAACAUGAACCGGACUGAGAAAAUACUGAACUCGCCGUGAUUGUUGGUGCGGAAUUCACAUCCUAGUGGUCUUUAAAUCAAGCUACUAGCUUGUGUAGUCUUCACAGAGGAAUAGUGUGGCUGGCCAGUCAACGGCUCAUUCUAAAGCUAUUUUACCAGAAAGCGUGUACAAAAACCAGGCACCAACGAUACUGGAUCAAAUAAACAUAAUUUUAGCAACUCUGGCAGACAAGCCCACCUUCUUUCUCUCAAAGGCUUGGACUUUAGAGCUCUAUGCCAGCAAUUAUGACAAUGUUAGCCGACCAUGCAGCCAGACAGCUGCUGGACUUUAACCAGAAACUGGAUAUCAACCUGCUGGAUAAUGUGGUCAACUGUCUGUACCAUGGGGUUGGGCCACAGCAAAGAAUGGCCCAGGAGGUGCUGACUCAUUUGAAGGAGCACCCAGAUGCGUGGACACGUGUUGACACUAUUCUGGAGUUCUCUCAGAAUAUGAACACCAAAUACUAUGCUCUGCAGAUUCUGGAAACCGUUAUUAAAACAAGAUGGAAGAUUCUGCCCAGAAACCAGUGUGAAGGCAUUAAAAAGUAUGUUGUGGGCCUCAUUAUCAAGACAUCAUCAGAUGCAGCCAAUGUUGAGAAAGAGAAAGUGUAUAUUGGAAAACUCAACAUGAUAUUAGUACAGAUCCUGAAGCAGGAGUGGCCGAAACACUGGCCCACAUUUAUCAGUGACAUUGUUGGAGCGAGCCGCACCAGUGAGAGCCUUUGCCAGAACAAUAUGAUUAUUCUCAAGCUCCUCAGUGAGGAGGUGUUUGACUUCUCCAGUGGCCAGAUGACACAAGUGAAAGCCAAACACCUGAAGGACAGCAUGUGCAAUGAGUUCUCCCAGAUAUUCCAGUUGUGCCAGUUUGUGAUGGAAAAUUCCCAGAAUGCCCCACUUGUGCAUGCUACAUUAGAGACUCUGCUGAGGUUUCUCAACUGGAUUCCCUUGGGCUAUAUCUUUGAAACUAAACUCAUCAGUAAUCUGGUGUACAAGUUUUUGAAUGUGCCGAUGUUUCGCAACGUGACGCUGAAGUGCUUGACUGAGAUAGCAGGAGUCAGUGUCAGCCAGUACGAGGAGCAGUUCGUCAGUCUCUUCACUCUGACCAUGAUGCAGCUCAAACAGAUGCUUCCUUUGAACACCAACAUUCGAUUGGCGUAUGCAAAUGGUAAAGAUGAUGAGCAAAACUUCAUUCAGAACCUCAGCCUGUUCCUCUGCACCUUCCUCAAAGAGCACGGACAGCUGAUAGAAAAGAGACUGAACCUCAGAGAGACGCUUAUGGAGGCUCUACAUUACAUGUUGCUAGUGUCAGAGGUGGAGGAGACAGAGAUCUUUAAGAUCUGUUUGGAGUACUGGAACCACCUAGCAGCUGAGCUUUACAGAGAGAGUCCUUUCUCAACAUCCACUUCUCCUCUCCUCUCAGGGAGCCAACACUUCGAUGUACCUCCCCGCAGACAACUCUACCUGCCUGUGCUGUCUAAGGUGCGUUUGUUGAUGGUGAGCCGCAUGGCCAAGCCAGAGGAAGUGCUGGUGGUGGAGAAUGAUCAGGGUGAGGUGGUUCGAGAGUUCAUGAAGGAUACAGACUCCAUUAACCUCUACAAGAACAUGAGGGAGACUCUUGUCUAUCUUACCCAUCUGGACUAUGCCGAUACCGAGCGUAUUAUGACAGAAAAGCUUCAUAAUCAGGUGAACGGUACUGAGUGGUCCUGGAAGAACCUGAACACAUUGUGCUGGGCCAUUGGUUCCAUCAGUGGAGCCAUGCAUGAAGAGGAUGAGAAGCGGUUCCUUGUCACUGUCAUUAAGGACCUGUUGGGUCUGUGUGAGCAGAAGAGAGGAAAGGAUAACAAGGCCAUCAUUGCCUCCAACAUCAUGUACAUAGUGGGCCAGUAUCCACGGUUCCUACGUGCACACUGGAAAUUCCUGAAGACUGUUGUCAACAAAUUGUUUGAGUUCAUGCAUGAAACCCAUGAUGGAGUGCAAGACAUGGCGUGUGACACAUUCAUUAAGAUUGCUCAGAAGUGCAGGAGGCAUUUUGUGCAGGUGCAGGUGGGAGAGGUGAUGCCCUUCAUUGAUGAGAUCCUCAACAACAUCAACACCAUCAUCUGUGACCUCCAGCCCCAGCAGGUGCAUACAUUUUACGAAGCUGUCGGCUAUAUGAUUGGAGCGCAGACCGACCAGGCUGUACAGGAGCACCUGAUAGAGAAGUACAUGUUGUUGCCUAACCAGGUGUGGGACAGCAUCAUUCAGCAGGCCACCAAGAAUGUGGACAUCCUGAAGGACCCGGAGACAGUGAAGCAGUUGGGCAGCAUCCUGAAGACCAACGUCAGAGCAUGUAAAGCCGUGGGACACCCUUUUGUUAUUCAGCUGGGCCGGAUCUACCUGGACAUGCUAAAUGUAUACAAGUGCCUCAGUGAAAACAUCUCUGCUGCCAUCCAAACUAAUGGUGAGAUGGUGACAAAGCAGCCUCUCAUCAGGAGCAUGCGCACAGUAAAGAGAGAGACUCUAAAGCUGAUCUCAGGCUGGGUCAGCCGCUCCAAUGACCCACAGAUGGUGGGGGAGAACUUUGUUCCUCCGCUGUUGGAUGCUGUGCUCAUUGAUUACCAGCGCAAUGUCCCAGCGGCAAGAGAACCCGAAGUGCUUAGUACCAUGGCAACAAUCGUAAACAAACUGGGUGGACACAUUACUGGAGAGAUCCCACAGAUAUUUGAUGCAGUGUUUGAGUGCACAUUAAACAUGAUCAACAAAGAUUUUGAAGAGUACCCAGAACACCGGACACAUUUCUUCUACCUGCUGCAGGCGGUGAACUCUCACUGUUUCCCAGCAUUCUUGGCAAUCCCACCAGCCCAGUUUAAGCUUGUGCUUGACUCUAUUAUAUGGGCUUUUAAACACACUAUGAGAAAUGUGGCAGACACCGGCCUUCAGAUUCUCUACACGCUGCUGCAAAACGUGGCUCAGGAAGAAGCGGCAGCGCAGAGCUUCUAUCAGACAUACUUCUGUGACAUCCUACAACACAUCUUUUCUGUCGUCACGGAUACAUCACAUACUGCUGGUUUGACUAUGCAUGCUUCUAUUCUGGCGUACAUGUUUAACCUUGUUGAGGAAGGAAAAAUCAGUGCAGCUCUAAACCCCUCAAGCCCAGUCAACAACCAAGUGUUUAUUCAGGAGUAUGUGGCCAACUUGCUCAAAUCAGCUUUUCCACACUUACAAGAUGCCCAGGUCAAAGUAUUUGUGACUGGCCUGUUCAGUUUAAACCAAGACAUCCCAGCAUUCAAAGAACACUUGAGGGAUUUUCUUGUACAGAUCAAGGAAUUUGCGGGUGAGGACACCUCUGAUCUAUUCCUGGAGGAGAGAGAGGCGUCGCUGCGUCAGGCCCAGGAAGAGAAACACAAGCUGCAGAUGUCCGUUCCUGGCAUCCUCAACCCUCACGAAAUACCCGAGGAGAUGUGCGACUGAAUUCGCAUGCAAACUCACAGCACACACACUGCACUGACUCCUAAACAAACUAAACACACGACUAAAGCGGUGUUGUGGAUGCUCUUCUGUGGGUUUUCUCUUAAGUGUGUGUGUGAGUACUUUAGGCUCUUCCUGCAAGGAGGCAAUUUCCGCACUUGGCUGUCUCUUGACCAAAACAAUGCCAAUAUGUAAAAGAUACUGUCACCCAGUGGCCCUAUUUGCAUCGUACGCGUUUCAUACAGACACUUUUACGUAUUACCUUUCCAUUGUUAACUGCUUACGUUUGGUCACUGUAAUCCGAACGUGCAUGAAGUGUCACAUCUGUACAAUUAACUCACUUGUGCUCGCUUUUUUUUUUUUUCCGUUGCACCUCUCCCCUUCUAUUUCCUCGUCUCCUUCCACACAUCAUGUAUUUGUUCAUGUAUAUUAUAUUUAAAGACCAGAGUGCAGUUUGUGUUUGCAGAGAGCUGUAUGUGUUUUGGCAGUGGGUAGAUGGUAUCUAGUGUCAGUGUGUGGGCCAAUGAGCGACGCAUCUGGUCCAGCCAAUGAGAAUGUCAACGAAUGUCUGUUGGGUGAGGAGCCAGAAGUGGUUCGUGACUAAGGUAGCUCUCAGCAGAAUGUGAAGCGGAUCGCUGAGUUGAACGGUCUGAUCGAUGGUGCUGUGGUUGUGAGUGGUGUUUCGAAACAAAACUCCAUUUACUUUUUCUACACAGGAGUGUGUUCAGCAGCCCCUCUACAUGUUCAUAUCAGCAUCACUGUACAGCAUCUUUACUACCAUGGGAACAUGCGGAUAUUUCGUCCUGUUUUGUUGUGUGCGUGUGUUGUCGCUAAGCCGACAUCAGGUUUUUUGUUUUCCUCAAUGAGGAUGGUUGCUCCUUUUGUGAGCUUUCAUUAAAUUGAAGUUAAAAAAAAAAGUGGUUGAAAUAUUUAUGGGUUCUUGUAGGCUACACCUUUAUAACUGCUCAUGUUAACUCACUCGGAGACUGCUUUGGAGUUUUCGAAUUGUACUAAUUUACGUUGUUUACCAUGCAGUAGUGCUGCAGGACACUACUUAGAGCAAAAUAAAUCUGUUUACAUUUAAUUUAGUAUUUUUGCAUUUUUCAUUUUUAUCUUUUAAGUCCUGUCCAAAUAAAAUGCAAGAGUUUAAUUCUGAGAAAAAUAAACAUAAAUGCCAACAUUCUCAUUAGGAAGAAGAAUGUACCAAUUCAAAUACUGAUUAUCGAUGGUGAAUUUCCCCUUUACUAUGUGUUGCAUUUGUUGUGAAACUUUUUGAACUGAUUAAAGUU